CGUAGUAGAUGUUCGAGACAAUGGUAAGUCCUGAUGAGUCACCUCAAUCAUUCACUAUGCUGACUAUUGCGUUUUUUUACCCACAUCAUUCUUCUAUUUCUUUCUCUUCUCUUUGCCAUCUACGCAGCGGCUUUCACUUCUCUAAGAUAUUUAUAACGGGUUUACGGAUUUCAACUAUUCUUGCUCUGUGUUCAUGCGUUCUCUUUUUUUUUUUUUUUUUUUUUUUUUUGCUUGGCGUUGUCCUCAAGUUUAGAGAAUCGGUUAUAUCAAUAGCAAAGCUGACGUUCUAUCUCUGUCAUAGACCACAUCGGUGGCCACAUCCGUAAUUCGUUGCAUUUCCCAAGCAGCAGUCUCGAUGCUACCAUGCCUACCUUGCUACGAAAGCUCGCGGAUAAAGAGACUGUAGUAUUCCACUGUGCUUUAAGUCAGCAGCGCGGUCCUAGCGCCGCUUUGCGGUAUCUGCGCGAGAAGGAGGCUGCCACUAGUAGUAGUGGUGGUACUAAUGCUACGGAGCCGGAAGAGAAAAAGCAGAAGGUAUAUGUCCUUGACCGAGGGUUUGUAGGAUGGCAGGAAAUUUAUGGCCCUGAUGAGCGACUUACUGAAGAUUAUCGAAAGGAGAUUUGGGAGGAUGGAUAUUAGGAGAGUUUAACUAAGCUCUCAUACGAGUCCAUUAUGUUGCACAUAAAAACAAAGAAAUCAGAGUCUGAAAAAAACUUGUUUCGUUAAGCAUUCCACUACAUAACGUACGAACAAGGAUAAAAAUGUGAAUGUAAUGUAUUAGCUGUUGAGGGCAUUCCUCUUCCUCGCUCUUAGUACACUUGGC